AUGGUUUUUAUUUUAAAUAUCCAAGUGGUGGACAAAAGAGGAGGACAGAGGGAGAUGAGAGAGGGGAGAGAACGAGAUGACAAGGGGGAGGUGGUAGCAACGGGUGGUACCCCUUCACCAUUACUAUUCUGCAGGUUCGUUGAAGUAUUCUGCAGUAAAAAGGGGGGCACCAAACGCAAAGCCCAGCCAUUCUUGCGUCGACCUCUAACCGGCAGAACCGCGCGACAAGACUUCGUCAUGUAUGUGGCUGCUGCUAGAGUACGAUUUCAACUUGACAGACAUCCAACUCAUCCAGCUUACUAUCGAGGAUGCUACCACCAAAAAAAGCUUUCAGCCAAUUUCCGCCUUCCGGCGGACGGGGUCAGCCGAAGCCGCGCCGCGCCGCGGUUAUGUGCCUACCUACUCUACUCUCCUGUAUCACCCCCCGAUGUUGCCCUCCUUCCCUUCAUCGGAGUUCCAAGGCCCUGGCUGGUCAAAUUGAGUUUUUUUGCGUGCGGGAACAAGUACUCUACUAGAGGUCGAGCGAAGCAGCUCGUGGGACUUAAGGCGUUGGGAGUUUAG